CGUCGCCUUAGUCAAGGUUGAAAAAAGUUCAAAGCCCCCACUACCACUCCGCUUCGCUUGCCUAUUCCGAUCCAUCAAGGACAUCCUAUCAGCCAUGCCUUCCUAUCUCCGCUCCAACCCCCGCGCCUACUCCUUCCCUCCAUGGGUCGAGACGUCCGACGACGACUCCAGCCAUCUGCCCGACAUCGACGAGGACCCCUUUGCCCACUUCAUCACCCCCAUCACCGACGCUGAGGAUCCCUACGAGCUGUCUCUGAGCGCCGGCAUCGAUGCCGACGAGGGACCACGCACCGCAAAGACGACCAAGUUCAGGUCCAACGUCGCUGGCAGGUGGGCUCGCUAUGUCAAGCAGAACCACGCCCCGCUCCACAACGUCUAUCACGUGCCAACCAUCUACGAGGACGACGAAGAGUCCUUCAUGGGGCUUGAUGACGAACGCUUAAACGACACGCCCCAUGUGGUGUCUCAGCUUAGCCCAUCAAGGAGCAGCAUUGCUGAGCCUAGUCGAGGCCGUGCCCAGGACCUUGCUGCUCGCAAGCAACAGAAUCGUCGCCGCUACUCACGUACACUCUCCGGCCAUCGCCACUCUUGGCGAGAACCCAGCCCGGAUCUCUUCACUGUAGACGAGUCCGAAGAGGACGAGGGCCCUGUGCUCCGUCGCCCAAAAACCAGAAAAGCAAAGGAUGGUGCCGAACGCCGGAGGUCAUCGACAAGGUCAAAGUCAAGAGCAAGGGCAGACUCAGUGACCGACAUGUCGAGAUGAACAAGGGGGAAGGCAUGGCAAAGGUACCUGCAUCAAGACUGAGUAAGAAGAGACAGUUUGCAUACAUGACAUUUACAGCAUCAGCAUUAGGGAGCAGCAGGGGGGUGUUUUGUUUUUUGAUUAUCUAGCAUUGCACGGUGUUGGUGGCUUUUUUUGUUUCUCAGCGCACACGCGCACAGCAUUCCAAGGCGUUUUUGGUAUACCACGGGACUGUUUUGUCAGGGGAAGUUGCAUCGGGAGGCGUUUACUUGUCAGCAUUUACACCUAUUCUUUUCCAGAUUGCGCAACAGAAGCAGCAUCGGAUCUAAUGAGCCAGAUAGAGAGACGCAAAAAAUCAAUAUGGUAUC